AUGGCACCGCAUUCUCCGCCGACAACAAUGGCUUUGAACAUCGUCCACUACAUCGCUCCCAUCGCCACUGCCAUCUAUUUCCUCGCCGCCAAGUCCGCCGCCGCCUGUCUGCUUCAGAAACCGCCCAAACGUUCCAGCAACAACACUCGCCGCUACUUUGCUAUCGUUGUCCAAGUGCUCGCGGCCCUGACGGUUGCCGCCGAAGGCAUCGUCAGUGUGUUGCAGUACUUCCGUCAACCUGGCUGGUAUGCCACCGAGGACUACACCAUCUACCUGGUGCUCCUAUUUGCUAUCCACAACUCCUUCGCACUCGGCCUAUUCGAAACCAAGAAGACUGUGUGGCACCCAUAUCUAGGAUCAUGGCUUCUAGCACUCUGCUUCGACAUCUCCAUCGUCACCCUUCAAGGUCUCCGCGUACCGAGCAAUGGCUUCUCCAAAGCACGCAUGGCUUUCUGCAUCACCCGCGCUGCCUUGCUGACGCUCCUCUCUCUCUCCACGAGCUGGUUCAUCCUUCAAGACCGCCGCCGCAGUAUCAAGCUCGACUCCGAAAGCGAAGCCCUCCUCGCCACUCACGCCAACGGCAACGGCAACACGAACCGCAGGAAGAAGAAGAAAGCUACCGGCCCUGAUCCCUCGCCCGCCGAUAGCCUCUUUCCAAGCGACACCUCCGAGGCGGACGCCGUAGAGACCGAGAAUGUUGGUGAGAACGACAGUGACGACGAUAUCGACUCGGACUCGGAAGAGCCUGAGCGCGACAAAGAACUCAAGGAGCAACAGCGUGCGCGCCUCAAGGCGGCAGGGAGUUGGAUUAACUACCUCAAGGAGUUCAAGAUUUUCAUACCUCUUCUUCUGCCCAAAAAGGACCGCAAAAUUCAGGCCUGCCUCCUUACCAUCGCGGUGUGCAUCAUCGCUCAGCGCGCUCUUAACAUCCUGUUACCGCGGCAGAUGGGUAUCAUCGUGAACGAUUUGACAGCAACCGCUGGUACGGGCCACAUGCCCUGGCGUGAUCUCGGCUUAUGGCUCCUCUUUGCCACGCUGCAGUCUGGCUUUGGAAUCUCCCUUGUCAAGCAAGUCGUUCAACUUCCCGUGCAGCAGUACGGAUACAAAGCCAUCUCGGAAACCGCGUUUCGUCAUAUCAUGGGCCUUUCGAUGGACUUCCAUAACGAGAAGAACUCCGGCGAGCUGAUUCGAGCCAUCCAACAGGGCACAAACCUGCAAGAUCUGGCGUCUUUCAUCUUCUUCACCGUGUUUCCGAUGUUCUUCGACUUGAUCCUGGCCUUCUUCUACGUCACGACGCUCUUCGACAUCUACAUGACCCUCAUCCUCUUCUGCGUCGGCAUUGCAUACGUCUGGGUUGGUGCGAAGGUUACUGCAAUGAGUGUCAAGUCUAGACGGAGAUUCAACACUGCUUGGCGAGAAGAAUCGAAAGUGCAAAACGAAGCAAUUUCGCAGUGGCAGACAGUAUCUCAUUUCAACAGAGGCCAGUACGAAUCGCAGCGAUACAGCAACACGGUGGACAAGUUCAACAAGACCGAGUGGGUGUACUACACUACUUGGUAUCUUGGUGGAGCUGCCCAAAGCUUCAUGAUGACCACAGGACGCUUGUCUGCCUACCUGCUUGCGGCAUACCGAGUUUCACAGGGACGCGCCCCCAUAGGCAACCUCAUCACGCUGAUCCAGUACUGGGGCUCAAUCGAAGGGCCGCUGAGCAGCGUCUCUUUCUCCAUCCGGCGAAUCUCUUCCAUGCUAACGGAUAGCGAACGCAUGCUUCAGCUACUGACGACCAAGCCGAGCGUCGUUGACGCUCCUGAUGCCAGAGAGCUCGAGAUCACGGCAGGUGAGGUCGCCUUCAACCACGUCUCCUUCGCCUACGAUCCGCGACGCCCAACGCUCAAGGAUGUCGACUUCACCGUCAAGCCCGGCCAGACUAUCGCCCUGGUCGGGGAGACGGGUGGCGGCAAGUCGACUGUCCUGAAGCUGCUCUAUCGGUACUACGACGUGUCGAGCGGAUCCAUCUGCAUAGACGGUUCGGACGUGCGCGAAGUGACCCUGGACAGCCUCCGCGACUCCUUCGGGAUGGUGCCUCAAGAUCCAUCCCUCUUCAACGACACGCUGAUGGAGAACAUCCGCUACGCCGACCUCACCGCCAGCGAUCAGGACGUUCUGGAGGCCUGCAAAGCCGCGGCCAUCCACGACAAGAUCAUGUCCUUCCCCGACGGCUACAAGGCCAAGGUGGGCGAGCGCGGCGUCAAGCUCUCCGGUGGAGAACUCCAACGCGUCUCCAUCGCCCGUGCCAUCCUCCGCAAGCCUAAGAUUGUCCUCCUGGAUGAAGCGACCAGCAUGAUAGACGCCGAGACCGAGGCUGUCAUCCAGGAGGCGUUCCGGAAACUCACCGCAUCGCGCACGACGUUCAUCGUGGCGCAUAGACUGUCUACGAUCCAGCAUGCCGAUGUGAUUCUGGUGAUCAACGACGGGCAGAUCGUGGAGAGGGGCACGCACGCAGAGCUGUUCGCUCUGAAUGGGAAGUACGUGUCGCUGUGGUCGAAGCAGUUGAACAAGAACCCAGUAGUUUAG